AUGAGGUUAGUACCCCGCGAACUCGACAAACUUGUCCUUCAUCAAGUCGGUUUUCUUGCCCAGAAGCGUCUCGCGCGUGGUGUGAAAUUGAACCACACCGAGGCAACCGCUCUUAUCGCUUCUCAACUAAUUGAAUUCAUGAGAGAUGGAACCAGUUCGGUGGCCGACUUAAUGGACAUGGGGAAGCAGAUGCUUGGCCGACGUCAUGUUCAGGAGGACGUAAUCGAAACGUUGAAUGAAGUUCAGGUUGAAGGCACUUUUCCAGACGGAACGUAUCUCGUAACCGUUCACAGCCCAAUCUCUUCACUCGAUGGGAAUUUGGAGCUUGCUCUCCAUGGAAGCUUCUUGCCGAUUCCCGACAAAUCGAAAUUCCCGGAGCCAUCCUCGCCGGAGUCCGCACCUGGCGCAGUUGUGGUUAGGCCGGGUAAGAUUACCUUGAGCGAAGGACGCCAACGGGUCACCGUUAAAGUAACAAACGGAGGAGACAGGCCUAUUCAGGUCGGUUCUCAUUAUCAUUUCAUCGAGACGAAUCCGGCUCUGUCCUUCGAUAGGACCUUGUCAUACGGCAAAAGACUCGAUAUUCCUGCCGGAUCCGCGGUACGAUUUGAACCUGGUGAAACCAAGACCGUUACUCUGGUCGAGAUUGGUGGCAAGAAGUACAUCUCUGGAGGAAACAACAUUGCGUGCGGUUCCGUUGAUAUCACGAAAGUCGACAGUAUCGUCGAGACUCUAAUCGCACAAGGAUUCUCACAUACUCCACAAGUCGACAAAUUCUUGGCGUGCAAUCCCUACACCAUCGACAGAGCUGUGUACGCGGACAUCUUUGGUCCCACCACCGGAGAUCGUCUGAGAUUAGGAAACACUAACUUGUGGUUGGAGAUUGAAAAAGAUUAUACUCAUUACGGCGAUGAAUGCAAAUUUGGUGGUGGAAAAGUGUUGAGAGAAGGUAUGGGACAAUCGACAUCUGUAACCGAUAAGGAAGCCUUGGACUUGGUCAUCACGAACGCUGUGAUCGUCGAUUGGAGUGGAAUCUACAAGGUUGGAGCAGACAUUGGCAUUAAGGAUGGGAAGAUCAAGGGAAUUGGUAAGGCCGGUAAUCCCGACGUAAUGGAAGGCGUGACUCCUGGCAUGGUUUGUGGAGCCACGACUGAAGUACUGGCUGGUGAAGGUCAUAUUUUCACGGCUGGUGCGAUUGACUGUCAUGUUCACUUCAUUUGCCCUCAAAUUAUUCCAGAGGCGAUUUCAUCUGGUAUCACGACCUUAAUUGGUGGUGGUACCGGUCCUAAUACCGGAACAAACGCGACAACAUGCACACCAGGAAAAACGCAUGUUGAGAUGAUGCUUUCUUCCACUGAUGAAGUACCAUUAAAUUUUGGAUUUACCGGCAAAGGAAACGCAUCCGAUCCGGCUGCCCUGGUAGAGCAAAUUGAAGCUGGUGUGAUGGGUUUGAAAUUGCACGAAGAUUGGGGCACCACUCCUGCUGCCAUCGACACCUGUCUUGGUGUUUGUGACAAAUAUGAUGUCCAAGUCAAUAUUCACACGGAUACCCUUAAUGAAUCCGGGUUCGUUGAGCACACUAUUGCCUCUUUCAAAAAACGCACGAUUCACGCUUAUCAUUCUGAAGGCGCGGGUGGAGGACACGCGCCCGACAUUAUCCGUGUAUGCGGAGAACCCAAUGUCAUUCCAUCGUCAACGAAUCCCACGCGUCCUUUCACAUCCAACACGCUUGACGAACAUGUCGACAUGUUAAUGGUGUGUCAUCACUUGGACAAAAACAUUCCCGAAGAUAUCGCAUUCGCAGAAUCUAGAAUCAGAGCCGAAACGAUCGCAGCCGAGGAUGUACUGCACGAUUUGGGCGCGAUUAGUAUCAUCAGCUCAGAUUCACAGGCCAUGGGUAGGGUCGGCGAGGUAGUACUCAGAACGUGGAAAACCGCGCACAAAAUGAAGUUACAGAGAGGACGAUUGGGUGACGAUAAAGACGCCUUCUUUGGCACCAAACCCGAGAUUAUAAUAAAAUCAGGUAUAAUCGUUUGGUCACAGAUGGGAGACGCAAAUGCAUCGAUUCCAACCACGCAACCUAUAAUCUCGAGACCAAUGUUUGGCUCAUAUGGUCUAGCCGCGGCCAAGAAUUCUUAUGCAUUUGUGAGUCAUGUUUCGAUUUCUGAAUCUAGGAUUCCAAAGUACGGACUUAAAAAGAAUGUGGAACCGGUGAAGAAUUGUAGAAACAUUGGCAAGAAAGAUAUGAAAUUGAAUGACGCCUUGCCAAAGAUAGAGGUUGACCCAGAAACUUACGUCGUCAAAGCUGACGGAGUU